CUAUAGAGCUUGGUAAAUUGAACAAGUUAGGUGUUCUUAGUCUUGGCUCAAAUGAUUUAUCUGGAAAUAUUCCUGAUAAAUUGGGAAAUUUAAGCAUGUUGUUCAAUUUAAGUCUAAGUAAAAAUCGCCUAACUAGAGAGAUACCUCAAAGCAUAGGGCAUUUGCAGAAUCUUCAACUUCUUGAUCUGUCAAGGAACAACUUGAGUGGGAGUAUACCAAAAGAGAUUGGAAAUUUGAAAAUUUUAUUGAGCUUGGACUUGAGCCACAACAAUUUAUUCGGUAGCAUCCCAAGUGAGCUUGGAAACUUAAUUUCAAUUCAGAUCACAUUUGAUUUAAGUAGUAAUUCAUUAUCAAGAGCAAUCCCCCAAGAUCUGUCAAAACUUGCAUCAUUGGAGAAUCUUAAUGUUUCACAUAAUCAUCUCUCUGGCACUAUUCCAACUAGCUUAUCUAGCAUGGUUAGUCUCCUCACAUUUGAUUUCUCCUAUAAUGAGUUGAUAGGUCCAAUUCCGAUUAGUGGACAGUUUCAAAAUGCUUAUAGUGAAGCCUUUAUUGGAAACUCAGGUUUGUGUGGAAAUGUUGAUGGAUUGACCCUUUGCAGUUUAAGUUCCAACAAUAGUAAGCCUAGUAAGAUUAAUACUAAGAUUCUUAUUGUUAUCCUUGUUCUUGUGUGUGCCCUUUUUGUUCUAAUGUCAAUUGUUGUGUUGAUUCUAUUGCAUCAUGGUUAUAACAAACCACAUGAUGAGGAGGCUAAAAGUAGUAAAAGCUCUGAGAGUUUUGAGACAAUGAUAUGGGGAAAGGAAAGGAAAGUCACGUAUGGUGAUAUUGUAAGAGCUACAGAAGAUUUUGAUGAUAAGUACUGCAUUGGAAAAGGAGGAUUUGGAAGCGUUUACAAAGUCUUGCUGUCCAAAGAUCAAAAGUUAGGCACCGAAACAUCAUCAAGCUACAUGGAUCCUGUUCAACAAGGGGAUGCAUAUAUCUCUUUGAAUAACAUCUUGCUCGAGUCAAAACUCGAGCCAAAACUCUCAGACUUUGGCAUUGCAAGGUUGUUGGAUCCAAAUUCUUCUAAUUGGACAACAGUUGCUGGAUCUUAUGGCUACAUGGCACCAAGUAAAGCUCACAUUAGAUAGAUGUAUGUUGAUUAAUAAUGUUUCCUUACCAAUGACAUCUAAUAAAUUGUUCUUUUACUUUGUUUUCUUGUUUUUUAGAGCUUGUACUCACAAUGCAAGUAACAAAUAAAUGUAAUGUUUUUAG